AUGUGCUUCAGUAAUCUCAGAUGUAGGGAGAGUUUAAUAAAGCCAGGCGAGAAGAAUGGACUGCUGAUAGUGGGCACAAAGACAUCCAGCAGAACCCUCAUGAUUAGGAAGACACUGACAAAGCAAACUCAGCUUGACUGGUGCAGGUAUGAAAUGGCUUGUCUAAAUUAUUUGAUAUUUACAACUGUCCAGAGAAUACAUGUAAGCACAGAACAUUUUAUUAAAUGUGAAGAUCCAGGUAAAUAUAAAAGGAUAAAAUAGAUGCCACUUCUAAGGAUUUUGACAACACAUCUUAAUUAUAAUCACCUCCCCAAGUCUAUUUUGUUGUUUUAAAACCCUUAAGAUACAGCUGUUUCAGUUCUCCAUUUCCAUAACAGUGUCCCCAGUUACAGCUCCAGGGAUGAGUUCUUCUCAGGAUUCAUGAAUGGCAUUGGCUGGGGAUCCCGUUUUGAUCCUGCAGUCAUCUGGAACAAGCACAUUGAAGAUAAGAAUAUUAUGGUCAUAAUAUAUGAAGACCUGAAAAGGGGUAACCUGAGUGCGAGUGUAAAGCAGAUAGCUGCACUGUUUGGAUUCUCACCAACAGCUGAGCAGAUCCAGGCCAUUGCAGGAAGGCACACUUUCCAGCUGGGCAGUGUUAAAGCUCAGGAGACUCAUGGUGCUGUUGGCUCGAUUCUUUUCCAUGAAGGUUAA